CCUUUUCUCUGAUAUCAUCAUCUGUCAAAAGUCAUAACAUAAACAACAAAAGGAUUACAGGAAAGGAUUGAUUUUUUUUGUGAUUUUCCCAAUAAAAGGGGGGAAAAUCCCAACAUAAGUGUUAAAUAAUUAAAAUAGUUAUCGUUAUAAGUGAAAAGAAUUGGACAAAACAACUACCGCGAAAGAACUGAUAAAAUUAAAGUGAUCAAAAAUGAAUGGUAUGAUGAGAAUAUUUUCAAACUUCAAAGACUUCUACAACGAUAUUAAUGGUGCCACAUUGACCGGUGCCAUAGAUGUGGUUGUUGUCGAACAACCUGAUGGUACAUACAAUUGUUCACCGUUCCAUGUCAGGUUUGGCAAAUUGGGAGUUUUGAGGAGUAGGGAAAAAGUGGUUGAUAUAGAAAUAAAUGGACAACCGUUAGAUAUACACAUGAAACUAGGUGAAAGUGGGGAGGCUUUUUUCGUAGAAGAAAUCGAAGACGAUGAAGAAAAUGACAUUCCAGAACAUUUGGCCACAUCACCGAUCCCGGUCUCCGAAAUUGAGGAUAUAUUUAAAAAUCAGGGCCGCAGAAGGAGCUUUCAUUUAGACGAUAUAGAUGGGCUCCAAGCUAAUGAGACAAAUAAUUACGAAAAGAGACGUCAUACAGCUGAUAGUCAAAUGUCGAAAAAUAGAGCCCACUUAGAGAGGGAUUUUUUGGAAAGACAAAUUGGUUUAGGUAAUAUUGAAGGGGCCUCAGCAGAAGACGUUACUUAUUCACUCACAACAAUGUCAAGGCGUACUGAUGAGGACGACCCCAGUCGUAGUCAAAAUGACGUAUCAGAAACCAUAUUCAAAAUGGACAGUCUUGACGAACCACCAAAUAAACCAGAGAAAGUUUCUGAACCAAAGACUCCAAUUAAGCCCAUAGAAGAAUCUCAGGGUGAGAGCAAAAGUAGUAAGAAAAAAAAGAAGAAAAUGCGCAAAAAGAACGCACCUAGAAAAUCUGCUAGCAACCAUGGCAUUGAAGUAUUAGAAAGAACUGAUUCCACUACUGACAGAAGCUCGCUAGGUAGUAACAGUUCCGAAGCCGAGCUCAAAGAAUUACAGUUAACUAAUGACAAGUCGGACAAAGACACAAUCGAAACCAAAAAAGUCGCAGACUCAUCAAACAUCAAGAGAGUAGAUGCGGAUUUUCACUUUUUCAGCGACACAGAAGUGAAUACAGGUAACGCAGACUCUCGUUCCAUUACUCCUGGCAUUGUGGAACUUGUCCAAUCAGAUUCGGAAUUUGAAAUGAACAGACCAAAAGGAGAUCCCAAUGAACUAUCAAACAGUUGGGAAUGGGGCGGUUUUCCUAGUGUCUCACAAACAACUUCACCGACAAGCGAGGAUCCAAGAAAGGAAGAAGCAAAAUCGAUGCUGAGCAGUAUGUUUUCGUUUAUGAAAUCCAAACACAGCGCCCAAUCUCGUUACGCUGAAGGCGGCAUUUAUUUAUCCGAAAUUACAGCUGGCGUUGUCGAUCAGGAGGUUGUGGAUAUAUAUUUCAGUCAGAGGAAGAAAGAAGCUGGAGACAUCGACCACGAUUGUGAAUCAGGAAACGGUCCUUCGUUGGCGCAAAGCCCCAACAGCCCUGAAGGCUCCAAAAGUAUCGAUUCAGACUUCGAAGAACACUCAAAACUCGUUCAAACUUACUCUCAAGACAUAAUCCUAUCGCUCUGCGGUUGGGAACCGGACCUAUCUCCCGAACAAUUCGACGAGCACAUUGUUUCCUUUAGCGAUUUUUCCAAUGACCCAUCAAUUUUGGAAAAUCCAAAACUCGUUGCCAAAGUGAACGACAAAUAUUACAGUUUCAAAGUAGCAGUGCCCAUGCUGAUCAGUGUGAUGUGUUUCGGCAGACCUAUGAUGCAAUCGUCUUUGGAUCAGUUGUGCAGCACUCACAUGUCAGCCGUCCAGGAAGUGAAAAGUAAGUCAGCUACGGUUCAACCGUCUAAUAAAUCGUCUUGGUGGCACUGGAGAGGCAGAUUGUCACGCGAAACUACUCCUGCCAAGGAAAAUGUUGCCACUACUGAGGCUAAAGCGUAUGCUUCUGAUUUGUUAGAGGAAGAAGAAGCGUUAAACGAAAUCCAUGUAGAAACUGGUGUCGAGUCCCUUAAGGAAAUCAAGGAAAAGGACGAUGACAUGCACGAUGAAGUUGCUUUGCCAGAAUCUCCAAAAGGGUCCGAUAAAUAUAGGAAGACUUUGAGAUUGAGCUCCAAGCAAAUUGCAUUAUUGAAUCUAAGGGAUGGCAUGAACGAAGUUAAAUUCAGUGUUACUACGGCUUAUCAAGGUACUACAAGGUGCCAGUGUCAUUUGUACAAAUGGAAAUGGGACGAUAAAAUUGUAAUUUCUGAUAUUGAUGGAACAAUUACAAAAUCUGACGUAUUAGGUCACAUCCUGCCCAUAGUGGGUAAAGAUUGGGCUCAGUCCGGAGUGGCGCAGCUCUUCAACAAAAUCAAAGACAACGGCUACAAACUUCUGUAUUUGAGUGCGCGUGCCAUCGGCCAGGCUAGAACCACCCGGGAAUAUUUGAAAUCCAUCCGACAAGGAGACAUGAGUAUGCCUGACGGGCCUAUUUUGCUCAACCCCACUUCCCUGAUUACCGCUUUUCAUAGGGAGGUUAUCGAAAAGAAACCCGAAGCAUUUAAAAUUUCCUGCAUGAGCGACAUUAAAGCUUUGUUCCCCGCCGACUUGGAACCGUUCUAUGCUGGUUAUGGAAAUAGGAUUAAUGACGUAUGGGCUUAUAGAGCAGUUGGAAUACCAAUUCAUCGUAUCUUCACUAUAAACUCUAAAGGCGAAUUGAAACACGAAUUGACUCAAACUUUUCAAUCUAGUUAUACGGGCCAAUCACUUGUGGUCAAUGAAGUAUUUCCGCCUAUCUUACAUAAAGUCGAUCAGAACGAUUCAGUUUUUGAAUCAGAUUAUGAAAGCGAUUCGGAUUGAAUUAAUUUUAAUAAUUAGAAAAUUACCUGAGAAAGUACAAAGCAAAAUAUGUGCGUUUUACUUUAAAGAGUCACGCUUUUGGAAUUCAUCUUAACAUCUCAUAAUUAUUUCAUCAGACUAAUAUGUUGUCAAAAAAGUCAAGACGCACAUGUUUUAGUAGAUUUUUUUUUUUUGAUAAAUUAUUGACCACAAACUCAACGUGCCAGCAUCGCAGUACAAGCUUGGCUGUAUAAACAAAUAAGGUUACGUCAAUAUGACUGUCAUAGUAGACCAGUUGUACCCGUCUCGUUUGGAACAAGCCAACGAUUAUUCGCAGUUCAGCUACUGGAGGGAACCGGUCUCCGAGGUCGACAUAAAACCUUUACUCUAAAUUAUAUAAAGAGCUUUUUGGAAAAAUUGCUUGUGUUUUGAUGUAAUUACGCAUUUACUAUUUUAUUUUAUGAAAAACCAGUAUUUAUUCCAUAAUGCUUAAAUUUUGAAUGUUGUACUAUAGAUUAAGUAAAUAGCAAUAUUAUUAUUUUUUUACACUUUUUUGAGACUUAAAAAAUUAAAGUCACUGUAUGAAAUAUAGAAGGUGCGUCUGUACUAAAUUAAAUUAAAAAGUAAUAGUAAACAGUCUAGACAGUUUAUGGAAAGAAAUUCAUGUCCGGAAAUACUAAUUCCAGAAAUAAUUCUGACAAUUAGCUGAAUAAUGAGUUAUUAGCUCUAAAAGGAAAGGAGUAAAUCUGACAGCAUCUGGAGAUCGAACAAACUCAUCUAAGCACACCUUCAAUACGUAUAUUAAAAUUUUAGAGUAAUGCUCUCUUUAGUUGGAAUGUGAUUUGAUGACUCCAUACAGAUAUAUUUGUCUCAAAAAAGUUUGCCCCAUUAUUAAGGCGGGUUAUUAGCUAAAAGCUUUUCACAUCUUUGAAUUUAUUGUUUUUAGUUUUUUUUUUAGCUGUUGGUAUUGUGAUAUUUAUUUAUUUUAGAGCUACCAACGGUAAAUGCAAAAAAUUUAGUUCUACAAUUAUUAAAUGUGUAUUGUUCCUAAUAAAAAUUACAAAUGAUACGCCAAGUGAUUAAUUUGUUAUUGUUAAUGUGGGAACAAUUAUUUAUUGAGCUUAAUUUUUUUUUGUAUUAGUUAGACUUGGGUAUGUUGAAAGAAUUGUCAAGGAAUGUUUAAACCUCAAUUUAUUUAAAAACUUUUUGUGAUAUAAUUUUGGUGAUUUUUAAUUUUUAGGACACUUAUUAUUUUUGUUACCAGCUCAAAAUUAUUAGUUAGUUAACCAUAAAGGCAUAUUUCAUUAGAU